UGGGUGGUGGUCGUGCUUUCCAUCGCCUGCGCUUGGUUCUUUUCUCCAUACCUGCCUACCUACCUACCUACACUCAUCGAUCUAUCUAGGUGUAUCCAGAUCCUUUGCAGGGUCCCCCCUUACUUACGUCCCUUACGGCACGUCUCUUUCCAUCUCAAUUGACUUCACUUCCAUCUCUUCAGUCCUAAAAAAAGAUGGACAACGACACUACAGCAGCCCCCAAACCAAGCUCGGGUCCCACCAACACGACCAUCAGAAUCGAAGAACCAUCCUUCCCCCCUAAAGACACCAAUGAUCCCGACCGAGACCGAGAACCUGCAACCGGUGUCUCAACCGGCGUGAACUUUCGUUCGAGAGGCGGCUCCAUGUCCAGCUGCCACCGCCCCGAGCUAGUCGGAGGAGUUUUCAACCCUCGCAGCAUCAUCUCUCGCGGGAAAAGACCGGCUGAUAGUCGCUCUUCUCACGACAAUGGCACGUCACAGUCGCAUCUUGAUAUCGAAGAGGGAGAUGAUUGGCGGGGUGGAUAUGAGAAGAAGAAGCAGGUGUUUAAGGGACGAACUUUGCUUUGGUUGGCCUACCAAUCUGUGGGUGUGAUCUAUGGAGAUAUCGGAACGAGUCCGCUCUACGUGUUCUCGUCAACGUUCACUGCUCCACCCACCCACAGAGAUUUACUCCAAGUUCUCUCGGUUGUCAUUUGGUCCAUCACCAUCCUCGUCACGUUCAAGUACAUCUUUGUCAUUCUUCAUGCGGAUAAUGAGGGCGAAGGUGGUACCUUUAGCUGCUAUUCGUUGCUUACCAGAUUUGCCAACAUCACCGAGCGCGACCCGCGAGAAGAAGUGACUGUGCGGAUGGAAAGACAUCUAACCAACGAGCUCAAACCCCCUACCCGCAGUUUGCGCGCCAAACUCGAGGGGAGCAGGUUCACCCACGUUUUGCUCAAAAUCAUUGGCGUCCUUGCCGUCUCCAUGGUCAUGUCCGACGGCGUCUUGACCCCGGCUCAGUCGGUCCUCGGAGCCGUCCAGGGAUUAUCCGUUGUCAAGCCUGAUAUUUCAAAGUCCACCGUCACCGGCACAACGUGCGGCAUCCUGGUCCUUCUGUUUCUGAUCCAGCCACUCGGUACAUCAAAAAUUGCAACCACAUUUGCGCCCAUCGUCAUCGUCUGGCUAGGGUUAAACUUUUCCUUUGGCAUCUACAACCUGGUCACAUUUGACUGGACGGUCCUGAAGGCUUUCAGCCCCUACUUUGCCUUUCAGUUCUUUAUCGAGCACAAAACGCGCGCUUGGAAGAUGCUCGGCGGUGUUCUUCUGUCCUUCACUGGCGUCGAAGCUUUGUUUGCCGACCUAGGAGCCUUUAGUCUUCAUGCCAUUCAACUGAGCUGGAUGUGCUACACCUACCCCUGCUUGCUGUUGGCAUAUAUCGGACAAGCAGCCUACAUCAGUCACCACCCGGACGCCUACACGAACCCUUUCUUCAACGCAACUCCUCCAGGAACCCUUUACCCAAGUCUGGUCAUCGCCAUUCUUGCUGCCAUAGUAGCCAGCCAAGCCAUGAUUACGGCAACCUUCCAGCUCAUCAGUCAGAUCAUGAAGCUUUCCUACUGUCCGCAAGUCAAAGUGGUGCACACCUCACAGACCUUCCACGGGCAGAUCUACGUGCCCUUUGUGAACUGGCUACUUAUGCUCGGCGCAAUUCUCGUCACGGCUGUCUACGGCGACACCGUCAAGCUCGGCAAUGCCUACGGCGUCUGCGUCAUGUUUGUCACCUUCUUCGACACCUGCAUGGUCACUCUUGUUUCCCUCAUUGUGUGGAAGCUCUCGCCCUUCCUGGUUUUCGUUCCCUGGCUGGUCUUUGCCUCCGUCGACGGAUUGUACCUCUCGGCGGCACUAAUCAAGGUCCCCGAGGGCGCCUGGUUUACGCUCACGCUUUCCGGUAUUCUCACCUCGCUGUUUCUUCUGUGGCGCUUCGGCAAGGAGAACCAGUGGCGGGCCGAGGCCGAAGACCGGUUCAAGCCGUCGCAUCUUAUCGUCAAGGACAAAAAUGAGGGUGGUCGGCUACGGUUGCAACCAGUAUGGGGCGGCGACCCGCUCAGUUCACUUCGUGGGUUUGGCAUCUUCUUCGACAAGACAGGCGUGAUGACGCCUGCGGUGUUCACGCACUAUGUGACCAAGUUUGUCGCGAUUCCGGAGGUAGCGGUGUUCUUCCAUCUGCAUCCAGUUGAGGCGCCGACGGUGUUGCCCGAGGAGCGGUAUGCUGUGUCGCAUUUUACUGCGGUGCCGGGGUGUUAUAGGCUGGUGAUCAAGCAUGGUUUCAUGGAUCAGGUGAUAAGUCCUGACUUGGCGGCUUUGAUCUACGAACAAAUCAGGCGGUUUGUAGUGAGACAGGCUACAGAGAGAAUGAGAGCGUUAGAGAAGUUGAGGACGGGCGAGGAUACGGACUGCGAAGGGGAACAGGAGGCCGCAAAGGGGGAGACUUCUCACCGGACAGAAUCGUCAGGGGCAUCGGGUCCUGAUAGUGUACUACUACCCGUCGAGCUCCGCGAUGAAGAGGCGGCGGCAGAAUUGGCUCGUCUUGACCGUGCGUAUGCUUCCAAGAUUCUGUACGUGGUUGGAAAGGAACAGAUGCGAAUCAAGACGGGUGCACCGAUUGCUCGAAGGCUUAUGUUGUCGGUGUUCUUGUGGAUCAGGGACAACACCCGGGCGAAGAUUGCGAAUCUGCAGUUGGCGAUGGAUCGUCUGGUUGAGGUAGGCUUCGUCAAGGAGAUUUGAAGGGACAUUGAAAGAUGAACUCGGUCUGGCGAUGUCUAUUCUGAACUGAGCUGUCAUGUCAGUUUCCCAUCAUGUCAGCGAGCCAU